AAAGGAGAAGAAAAUAGACCUCGAUCGAAUUGAUAUUAUCACAAUCUUCUUUUGUUGAUCUGAUGAAAAUGUCGUCCAUGCAACUAACCAGAGCUACUCUCUUUAGCCUCUCAAAAUCUUUUCCUAUAGUUCGAUCUCCCUCAACUCUCGCUGCUGCUUCCACCCGGAAAGUCUCUCGCGUCUGCUUAGCCUCCUCUGUUAGCCAUUCCGAGGGAAGAGAUCCGGUAGGGAAUGCUAGAGAGUCAAAGGCAGACGUACCUUACGGUUCAAAGAAAUGGAGGGAGAACACCGAAGAAAACUAUGCUCAAGGAGCUAAAGACAGAGCUAAUGAAGGAGCGAAUAGAGCUGCUGACAAAGCUUACGAGACCAAAGAGAAGGCUAAAGACACAGCCUACGAUGCAAAGGAAAAGACCAAGGACUAUGCUCAAGCAGCUAGAGACAAAGCUAACGAAGGUGCGAGCAAAGCUGCUGAUAAAGCUUACGAGACCAAAGAGCAGGCCAAAGACACAGCCUAUGAAGGAAAAGAAAAGGCUAAGGACUACGCGGAACGGACUAAAGACAAAGUAAACGAAGGGGCGUAUAAGGCAGCUGAGAAAGCAGAAGAUACAAAAGAAAGAGCUAAGGAGAAAGCAGAGGACACAAUGGACAGUGCAAAAGCAAAGGUUCGAGAGGCGAAGGAAAAGGUGAGAGAGUAUGGAGAAGAGACUAAGGAGAAAGCAGAAGGGUUUAAGGAGACGGUGAAGGGAAAGGCGGAAGAACUUGGAGAGAAGACGAAGGAGACGGUGAAAGGAGCUUGGGAGAAUACAAAAGACGCUGCACGGACUGCAACUGAAGCUGUGGUUGGACCUGAAGAGGAUGCGGAUAAGGCACGAGCUGAUAUCGACAAAGGUGUGGAAGAUCUAACCAAAAGAGCCGAGAAAAAAGCUGAGAACGAUCGAAAAGGAGGAUGAGUUCAUAACAUUUAAGUGAUGAGAGAAAUGGGAUCUAUUCUAUAUGUGUCUGAUUUCAUGUUUUUCUCUGUUUCUAAGCUACGCUUCCUCUCGUGUUUGUGGAAAUGCAUAAAUAAAUAUAUAAAUAAAUAAGAUAAAUUUGUGGUUACGGCUAAACUUAACAAGGUUUCUACAUCUUCUUCAUAAUCUUCAAGCUACGGUGCUUCCGUGAACAUUUAGGAGAUUGGAGAUGGAGGUAGUGGCGUCGUCAAUGGCUUUGAAGAAGUGGAGAGCAAAUCAGACUCUGUUGUUGCCGACAACGCUAUAGCUGAAUCUUCAGGUAUUGUAUUAACUUAGCUUCUCCAUGUGAUUGAACCCGAGCUAGAAUUGGAUAGGCUAAAAGUCGAUUCAUUUGUUUGUAUUCCCAUCUUUUAUGAUGAUUUUGAAUCAUAAUCAUCAUGAAGCCUAGGCUACAUUAAUCAAAGACUGAAGGACAACAGAAAGUUACUCAUAUUCCUGCUGAGGAUUGUGAUCUAAUACUAAUCAGAUAUUAGAUGAAAAAUCUCUGUAGGGAUGAUGGUACAUUUUCUACUUUCGAGGAUGUUUUUCAGUUGCUCCUAUUUUUAGUUAUUUUACAUGUUAUUCUUAUGAUUCAUAUUUUUCGGUAUGCUAUUACGCUCACGCUUACAUUACUCUCACUCUUAGAUAAGCAGUGAAAGUCUAAUUUUAGGGUCAAUGGCCAUGGAGAUCAUCAAGAAAGACUGGAAAAUAUACCUUCUCUACUGAACGCUCAUGAUAAAGGCGAUACUGAGUUGUUAUUUGCUAACGAGUCUCUUAAAAUUGUGUGAGUUAGUUUUGACGGAAGUUUUUAGCUUCCAGAUUUAAUUCUUAUAAAAUGGUGAAAGUUUAGAGGAUC